AUGACUUCCUUUUUAAUAAAUGCCUUUAAGCGACUGCAUUUAUCAAUAGUACCUAAUAGGAUAAUUUCUUCGGGAUAUGCAACGGCUGUCACAACUUCUGCAGAUGCUAUAAGUGUAACCCAGAAAGAAUGGAAGUUUCCACCAGUAUAUACCAAACCGCGUGAGGUGUGGAUUGAGAGUUUAGCUACUGUAGAAGAAAUAAAACUAGGGCUGUUUGAGUUACAUCCUUUAGUCUACGCUGCUGUUCCUCGAAUAGAUAUUAUUCAUCGUAAUGUUGUAUGGCAGAAGAAAUAUCGUUGGGUGUCAUGGGCACAAACAAAAACUAGGGCUGAAGUGCGCGGUGGUGGCAGGAAGCCGUGGCCACAGAAAGGCUUGGGCCGUGCUCGUCAUGGCUCAAUAAGAUCUCCUUUAUGGCGUGGUGGUGGUAUUGCUCAUGGUCCACGCUCUGGCAAAACUCAUUUUUUCAUGUUGCCAUUCCAUUUGAGAAUACAUGGUUUGACAUCAACACUAUCAGCAAAGCUUGCUCAGGAUGACCUUCAUAUUGUUAAGGAUUUGGAGAUACCAUCUGAUGAGCCCGAAUAUCUUAUUGAUUUGAUUGAAAACAGGAAUUGGGGACCAUCUGUUUUAAUUGUUGAUGAUACUGAUAUUGCUCCUAGAAACAUAACAGUGGCUACAGAAACUCUUCCACAUGUAAACAUAAUGCCAGUUUAUGGACUAAAUGUAUAUUCCAUGCUGAAACAUGAUACACUUCUUCUUACCUUGUCUGCCGCUGAAAAAAUAGAAGAGAGGAUACUACAUCACCUCCAUUCUAUAACUAAUGAACAACAAGCUGAAUUUAAAUUAAAUCAGAUUUAA